CUUGCUUUCUCACUAUAUCCGUGUUCUUUCCCACUCGCUCUCUUUCUUCCUGUCCCUCCAAAGCUUCUUCAACAGUCUCGGUCCUGCCCCAGCCCAGACUUCGUUCUCUCCUGCUCCCUCCUGCUCAUUCUGCGGCUCCUCCUCUGUCCCUGCUGCCCCUUCCCGCAGCUCUGCUGCCGUUCCCUGCCCCGCUUUUGCUCUCAUUGUCUCUCCAUUCUCCUUCCUGUCGUGUCUCUUCUGUCUUUAUUUCGUGGCUCCGCGCCCUGUGCCAGCCUCAGCUCAGACUCCCAGGCGAGCUGCCCCGGCGGCCCUUCUCUGCAGCCGGGACACGGCGGGGAGCUCUCCUGCAGCGGCACGACAGCGGCGAAUGGGGCCCGGGACAGGCGCCUCGGCCCUCGGGCUGGAGCGGGGACGCUCCGAGCCAGCGGGAGCAGCCGGAGCUGCGGCCCGGGCAGCGGGGCCGGCACAGCCCCGCAGCCCCGUGCCCGCCCCUCACGGCCCGUGCGAAAUGGCGGCAGCAGGGGGCGAGGAGGCCGCGGGCAGCGCUGCCUCCGUGCCGUGCCACACGCGGCAGGCGGCUUCAGCAGCACCACAGGUGGUCUGGGGACACUGGUCCCACAGCUGGUGACGAGCUGCUGGGCAGCACAAUGCCGCCGAGUGCGCUAAGGGAGAGACUGGGUGUAUAGCCACUUAAGGAACAGAGAAGGGCAGUGUUCAUCUGUGCCUCCCUUCGGGCAGGAAUGGAGGGCCCGAGAUGGCACUCAGACCCAUCGCCGAGCCAGCUGGGCAGCCUGCCCGGCUUCUGGCUAGGACAUGUCACCAAAGACACCCUCCAGCCUGGUACGGCCCUCUACUCAUUAUGUGCCGCUGCCUUCAAGGUGGGCCGCGAUCUGGGCUUGAUUCCAGAGGAUGGCAUUGGCCGAGGUUAUACAGCUUGUCAGCUGGAGACUGCUUAGGAGCCUUGGAGGGACACCCUAAAGGGGUGGAAGUCUUUCAGUGCCUCAGUGCUUGCAGCUCUAAGCACCUGGGGGUUAACUCGUGCUUCAGGGGUAAUUAUACCAAAGGUGCUCUCUAAGUCUUUCCAAGAGAUUCUGAGUGUAGGGUACCUGGCACACCUAAGUCCUGAGUGCUUCCAUUUGAAAAAAGCUGCUCAGCUAAAAGGGCACCUGUGUGACCCCGCGCACGGGCGGUGUGCAUCUGACAGCCAGCUAGCCUGACCCCUUUCCUCGGCGCGCGCACUGUGUGGCCGCUCCCCGCCUCACGCCACGGGCAGGGGGAGGGCAGCGGCUCAACCGCAGGUGGGAGCCCCUCCUCGGCCCCCGCCGAGCAGGCAGCCAAAGGGGUUCUCGCCGUCUGAGUGCGAUGAAGGAGAAAAGGAAGGAUUCUCUGUCUGCAGUUCCAAGUGGCUUUAUUCUUUCCCCGAAGGGAGAGCAGAUGACAACAGUGAGACGGAACACAGGCAAACAACCAAAAGCAGAGGAUUGCAACAGCUGACAAGGGGCGGGGUGGUGGGUAGGGAAAUUUGGCUGUUGGGAGGAGACCGCCUUACAGCCAAUGGGAUAACGCUAGGGAGGAACUUGAGGAGCUUGAGCUUAUAUAUUAUCAUAUAACCAAUAAGGGACAUGAUGGGAGGAGAGGAUAAGCAAGGUACCAAUGGGAGGAUUGGGGCUCCAUAAAUUACGUGGAAGGUUCUGGGUGGAAGGGUAAGGUUUAAACUGAGUGACAGGGAAGACAGGGAAUCAGGGCAAGAGCACAUGAAUUGGCAUAGAAGGGACUGGAAAUAGGGACAGGUACAAGGAUUGAUGGAUAGAUACGAUGGGGGGCGCAACAUAGGAAGUUUUCAUUGUUUGAGGAGGAAGGCGUGCAAGUGAACGAACCAUUAGAAAUUUGUUCAAUUACAACACAGUAGAGACCUGACAAAUAAUAGAUAAAACACGCACUACUGCAGACCAGUUAGAAAUGUUAACUGCAGGAACUGACAUCUUCGUGUGUGUCCUGUGGCAGUAGUACGCAGUGUCCGAGGACAAUCAAGAGGGAGCUCAGGGCUUCUGGAUGGCUGCUUGAGGGAUCUGGGGCACAUGUGGUAUUUACGUUCGCCACCUGCAGUGACCCGGACACAGGAAAGUUGCAGAGGUGACCUGGCACCCUGGUGUGCCCAGCAGAAGUGUGGCGGUUUGACUGUGGGUUACUCUGCAGGACACCAGGCCUGAUGCUGGCACAUGGGCUACAUCUGCCUGGAAGGGAAAAAGGAUCUUGGCUCAGGAGUUAGCGGGGCUCCUUAAGAGAGCUUUGAGUAGGAUUGGAAGUGGAAAGGAAAUAAACCAUGUUCACCUGGGAGAAGCAUGAGCACUGCACAUCCAUGUUUGCGUGACAGUGGAGGAUGGAAGAAGUGCUGCCAUCAAAGGUUAUCAAACUGUAGCAGAAGUAAUGGGAAAAGCAGGUUUCCUGCCAGGAUGCUGUCAGACAAAAUUAUUACCAAAGAAUGACACUUGCAUUUGGGGUUUUUACAGCAUCCUUCAUACAGGGCUACUGAUGGGGAUUUGCGAGGAAUAGGACGUGAGUGCCUAUGCAUUCCCAGGCACAGUGCUGCCUCCCAGAAUUCAUCAACCCUUCUCCAUUUUGCUCCUUCCAUUCCUAUGCAGAAUAAGGAAAAUCAGUAGAGGGCUGGUCCAGGAAUUCACAGGCAACGUGGGCAUUCACUGGGGACUUCACAGACUUCAUUAUGAGCUCACAGACCCCUGUGUGAUGCGAGCUUCCAGAGCCCCACUGUGCUCUUCCGUGCUCGCUCUGGGCAACACUGCAGCAGCAGCAGCAGCGGCAGGAGCAGCAGAAUCAUGGUCCGGAGCCGCUACCUCCUGCUCCUCUUUCUCCUGGUCCUGCAAGCCCAGAAUGCCCAGAGUGCUCCAGCACCUGGGCAGGGAGCAGUUCAGGCCAGAGAGCACUCUCCUCCAGCUCCACAAGCAGAUUCUAUGCUGAUUCCCAGCUGGUACCUCAAGUGGCAGAAUUAUGACAAGGGUCCUGAAGAAUUCCCCGAAGGAUUCCCAGAAUUUCCAGAGGAGCUCCCGAAAGCCUUGGAUGAAGUCCCAUCUGAGACGGAUUCUGAGCCUGUGCCGGAGACCUUCCCUAAGGAAGAAGAUGUCAGCGUGCCAGGCUCAGAUGAAGAAAGAGAACCAAUACAGGACACCAGCACACCUGCUCAACAUGAGGAAUAUUCAGGGUCAGCUGCUGUGCAAAAAGCCAAGACUGCUGGACAACACUGUGAUCCGAGCAAGUACCGCAUCCUAGGGGCAGUAGCAGCUUCAGCUUUGUUUCUGCUUGGGGCAGCAGUUGGGUACAUAAUCGUGUACCGGCUGCUGAAGAGAGACAACAGGACCCAGAAAGACAAAGAGGCAACAGGACAGGACUGGGACUCUUCCUGGGAAAGCCGUGGUGUGGUUAGAGAUGAAGCAGAGUCAAGAGAAGGACCAGGAAGCGGCGAGAGAGGCCAAGCCAACAGGUUCAGGGACAGCUGCCACCUGUUUCCUGAGGUCUUUGCAGCAGAGCUUGCCCAGCUGUACAAGAACAUGGGCGCAGACUCCUCGCCUCUGCCCACGUGUCCCUUCUGUGCUCUGGCUGGCGGUGCCUCUUCACGGGACCACUGGAUUUCCCUGGACUCACCUCAGCCCACACCAUCCUGGUGCCCCUGCUACCAGUACCAGCAGGAACACUUUAUAUUAGAGGACUCUGAUUCUGUAUAGUGAUAGUGAUAAUGAUAAAUAGGGAUAGCGGUAGUGAUAAUUUUAGUGGUAGUGAUGCUUUUAGUGAUAGCGAUAGUGAUACUUUAUAUUAGGGGACGAUGAUUAUUUUAGUGAUAGUGACAGAUAAAUAAAUAUAUUUUCAAAAGCA